ACCGCUUUUUCUUCUCGCCAAAGGAUUCAAUAACAUCUUCCGGGAAAAAAAGCUCAAAAAGGAAAAGUGCUUUCCUCUCUGUCUCGCAUUUCUCAGAAGCUCGCUUACUCUGUGCACCCACCGUCCUCCGGCGCUUCUCUGCUUCUCCAUCACGAUCUGACCUGAACUUGGGUUUUCGUGUUGUCGUUGUGCUGGUUGCUGUUUGCUCUGGUGUAUGACGAGCGCGUCGGAGCUGUUUUACCAGAGAAGGUCGCGCGUUGGGCGGCUGAGCACCGAGUUACCCCUCGGCCUCGAGGCUUCCAGUUCCGAUCGUGGUUUUCACCAAAAUUCUGGCCGGCGCCAUCACCACGGCCACAGCCACAACAGCAACGGUGCCGGGCGGCAUGAUUUGGACGGAUACGAUACUCUCCGCAGAUCUCAGCAUGUUCGGCAUGCCUGCCAUCGGGCCUCUGAACGAUCCUCUGGACGGUUUGAUCACGUCUCCCGGCAGUAUGUAUCAAACAACAGUUUUGGUCAGGAAUCUUCAAGCACAUCAGGCCGGCCUAGGGUGACUUCAAAUGAGAGGCUCCCUGGUGCUGUGCUACUUGCAAGGGCAAGGCUUCUUGAGAGAUUAAGAGGAGUGUCCCUCUCUGGAAACCGGCGAAAUACAAGGUCUGCUGCCUUCAGCAUCAGCAACGGGGAACAUACAUUUGGCGAUGAUCUCCGUGCAGUUGAUACGGGGGACUGGGGGACUGAUGUCCCUGCAGUGUGGUCUCCUGGCGGGUUUCCAUUCCACGAUUCAACUUCUGAAAGCGAGAGGCGACAAUCACCCAAGAAGAAACCUCCUGGUUUAUCUCCAGAGGAACUAGUCGGUCUGAAGAUGGAGGUGUUUACUACUUAUGUGGCUGAAAGUGGAGACGAUGAGGGAGUGUCGUCAAGAGAUUGUAGCAUAUGCUUGGAGAGUUUCAGUGGAGGAGAUGAGCUUAUGUGCCUGCCAUGUGGACAUCGCUUCCACUCUGUGUGCUUAGAUCCAUGGGUUCGAGCCUGUGGAGACUGUCCCUAUUGCCGCAGAGAUAUAGUCUCCAGUAGAUUUUGUGGAAUGAAAACAUGAACAGAACCAAUUCGAGUGUGAAAUUGCACACUGUUGUUUUGGGCUAUGGAAGAACGGCAGAGGGUCGAUUAACCGCCUUUGAGGAGCAUUUAACGGUAAUUGACAACCGCACUAGGAACUCAACCUCGUUCAAUUGUUUACAUCAUUGACGACCUAGUACUUUUGUUUAACGUCUUUACUUAGACAAAACAUGGAUUGCCUUCCAUGAAGCACCCUUUCUUUUAUGUCUUUGAGCAACGCGAGGUCUUUGGUAUUUUAGUCAAGCAGCCAAUGUGGCUUAGAAGGCAAUGCUCCUCCCCAAUCACCUUGAGGAGGAGAUUCAAAGAAAUCCUUUGGUUUGGCCUCGUGAACUCCUAUAUGCAAGUUGCUCA